AUGCAGCCGAAGAAACUAGGGCGAUGGGAGAGGGGGAGAGAGGAGGGGAGAGAGACUGCAGAAGCGAACGACGGAGGUCAGCAACGUGCGCCCGUGCACCAGGUCAUGCAAAGAUUGGGCAGAGUACCUGCAGGCACUCCAACAGCAGGUCGAGACACCGGACUUGCACAGCAGGCCAUUAAUUCUCUUUGCUCACAGUCAUGGUUGCCUUCAGGCUUACGGCCUGGCCAGAUGUCUUGGCUGCCGGGUAUUGAAGCUUUAUGUGGCAGCGCUCGGGGGCCUACGGGGGCCUGCACGUGGGAAGAUGUGUCGGACUUGAAUGUCCGUGACUUUGGGCUCAUGGGCUCUAGGACCAUAUUGAGAUGGUGA